AUGGAUGUUUUCCGAGUCCGCCUCAACUGCGUUGACCAUUACCAGGCACUUCGCGUUGAUGAGUUCGAUCCGCCGGUGCCCCAGGGCGUCGCGAGCCAAAAUCCGAAGGAUGGCCCUCGAAUCUCCGUCAUCCGCGUGUUUGGCGCCACCGAGACGGGACAGAAAGUGUUGAUGCACAUCCAUGGCGCGCUGCAAUAUACAUACAUCGAGUACAGUGGGAGUCUGGUCCCGGAAGAUGUCGAGGUCGCCAUACGGACACUCCAGCUCUCCAUCGAUCACGCGCUCGCGGUGAGCUAUCGCAAGAAUAUCUACGAUGGCAAACAUCGAUACGUUGCGCACAUCUCGCUGGUCAAGGGAAUCCCCUUCUACGGCUUCCAUGUCGGUUACAGGUUCUACCUGAAAAUCUACUUGCUCAAUCCACUCCACAUGACCAGGCUGGCGGACCUUUUGCGCGAAGGCGCGGUCAUGAAGAGAGUUUUGCAGCCGUAUGAGAGUCACAUGCAAUAUCUGGCACAAUGGAUGUGCGAUUACAAUCUGUACGGUUGUGGGUACAUUGAGUGCGGAAGGGUCAGGUUCCGAGGACCUGUGCCAAAGUACUUCGAAAUGACCAACGCCAUGCACCAGUGGCAUGACCACUCCAUUCCGCCAGAGUACAUCUCCGACGAGGCCCUACUGCCGAAGCAGAGUCAUUGUGCCCUUGAAGUGGAUGUUCAUGUCAAGGAUAUCCUCAAUCGCCGGGAUGUUUAUGCUCGAAACCUCCAUCAUGAUUUUAUUGAGCGUAUGCAUCCCAUCUCUGCCGAUGCCAAGUUGGUCCAGUCUAUGGCCGGCCUGUGGAAGGAUGAGACGCGACGGAGGAAAGUCAGAAUGGGUCUGAAGGACAACAGCAGCAGUCCGUUUCCACCUGAGGUCCUGGUCUCGAUGUCGGCCGAUCCACGGGACAUUUCUGCCGGGGGCUGGAUCCAUGAGGAGGAAUAUCGCGCAAAGGUUGAACAAAUCGCGGCUGAAGAGCAUUCCCAUGGCGACACUUCCAAAGUAUCAUUUGAUACGUUUGUGAAACCUGUUUCGUUGGAAACCACAAUCAAGACCGCAUUGGAGAGCGUUGAAGACUUGUAUCCGUACAAUAUGCGUGAGCCCCCGCUCGCGGGCAGAAACGACUCGCCAUCUGCAACGGAUUUUGAUCACAACAAACCGCAACCAAGCUUCGGUGGCGAAAUACAGGCAAACACCGUCGAGCACGUUCUUGAAUGUAGUUCGGACGACGUGAAUGUCUCGAAUGAUUCGAGUGCGGGCCCUGCGAACAGCAGCCACAGUUCCAACAUGGAAAAUGCUCAGGUGAAAGAACAGAUAUCAAUGCCUAUCAGCUCUUCUGAGUACGAGCAAUAUGGGAUCCGACGUGCAGGAGAUACUUUAUCUCUGGACGCAGAUGCUUUUGAGUUGCCCGAAGAAUACCUGGAUCGAGCCUUGACUCCAAACAAACCCAAGCGGGCGAGAUUUGCCGCAGCACCAACUUUCAAACCGAGGAAGCGACGGAGGCAGUUGGUUGAUGACGAGAAUGUCUUGCCCGAUGUCAGAUUCUCUGGCUCUGAGGACGAUCCCGACGUCGCCACAGACGCGUUCGGGAUGGAGCCUGUCGCAAAACCAAUAUCGGACGAAAUGCACAGCAUUCGACUUUCUAGCAACAUGUUACACGAGCUACCAUCCGGUCCUCAAGAAGUCGGACCCAGGAAUACGUCGGAGGGAGGCCUGAGUUCAUUGAACAUGUCGCAACACUCGACAUUGUCCUUCCCAACAGUCAAGAACCCAAACGAUCCUACAACACUCCUUCGACUGAGUCAAAAAAGCGGCGCAUUCCCUGACCCAUCUCAGGCCUCUAGUACUAAGCCGGUGGCCUCCCCUGUUCUGCCCGAAGCUACUUCGAAGAAUAUGCCGACGUCUUCCCAGCCCACACUGGUACCACUCCCCCUUAGUGAGAGUCCCAAAUUAGCGAAACCUGUUGAUUUGAGGAUGACAAAUCUUCCUUUGCAACGGCCCGGGGCCUGCUGGCAUGUAUGCCAGGUCCGUCCACCAAGCUUCAACCACGUCGAAAAGAGCUUGUGGCAGCACGGUCUACCUGAUGUGAUCUACCAAGAAGCAUUCUACAGCAACGAAAACGAUGUACCCGAGCAGGCGCGAGAAUACGCGGGACGAGAAUUCAAGCUCGAGAGUACGACUGUGCCGCAUCUCCCUGAUUUUGAUCCGUCCGGUGCAUCGCAAGCCACUUAUGGUCGGAAGCCUCCAGCAUUGCUCGACCUCGCGGCGGAAAGCAUCCGAGAUAAUCAGAGGCGAAAGCGCUGCACAAUCACAGAAUGGACAAUUUCCAAACCACCUCCUCGCAAGAUUGACGUCCUGUCUUGGAUCGAGGAGGAGCGAGCGGCAAAGGACAACGCCACAACGAAGGAAAUACAUACUCACAGGCAGCUGUCACAGAUCGAUGGGCCGAUGCAGAAAAACACAUACGGCUUCAAGUAUUCCCAAAAACGAGCAAGCACCAGUGUGCAGCAUGAAACGCAGUAUAUGAGCAUCAUGAGCCUCGAAGUGCAUGUCAAUACCCGGGGCCCACUUAUGCCCAAUCCGGAGGAAGACGCUGUCUCUUGCAUCUUUUGGUGCAUUCAGACCGAUGAUGAAGACAUUGAGACGAACGGAAGCAAGGAUGGCGUGCAUGUCGGAAUUCUCACGGUCGCGGAUGAAGCACACAUGGCCAAGAAGCUUGAGCGGAUCGUGCCUUACGACGUGGAAGAAGAGGCGACCGAACUCGACGUACUGACAAGGCUGGUUGACAUUGUACGAAAGUACGAUCCGGAUAUCUUGACAGGCUACGAAGUACAUAACAGUUCGUGGGGAUACCUGAUCGAGCGAGCUCGCCUCAAGUACGAUCUCAACUACUGCGACGAGCUGUCACGCAUGAAGGCGCAGUCUCACGGCCGGUUUGGUAAGGAGGACGAUCGAUGGGGGUUCAACCACACAUCAACGAUCCGCGUGACAGGCCGACACACGAUCAAUAUCUGGAGAGCAAUGCGUGGGGAAUUGAACCUUCUCCAAUACACCAUGGAGAAUGUGGUGUAUCACCUGCUCCACCAACGGAUUCCUCAUUACGCAUUUAUCGAUUUGACCCGCUGGUACAGAAGCAAGAAUCCACGCGACCUGGCGAAAGUGGUGGAGUAUUUCUGCUCGCGGGUUCAGAUGGACAUUGAAAUCCUGGAUGCCAACGAGCUCGUGCCGCGCACAAGCGAACAGGCUCGGUUGCUGGGAGUGGACUGGUUUUCUGUGAUCUCCCGCGGCUCGCAAUUCAAAGUGGAGUCAUUGAUGUUUCGCAUCGCAAAGCCCGAGAGUUUCAUGCUGGUGUCGCCUAGUCGUCGGCAGGUGGGCGGGCAGAAUGCGCUAGAAUGCUUGCCGCUGGUGAUGGAGCCGCGCAGCGACUUCUAUCCAAGCCCGCUGCUGGUGCUGGAUUUUCAGUCUCUUUACCCCAGUGUGAUGAUCGCGUACAACUACUGCUAUUCGACUUUUCUCGGUCGGGUUGUCGGCUGGCGAGGCACCAACAAAAUGGGGUUCACAGACUAUCGUCGGGCGCCCGGCAUGUUGGGGCUGUUGAAGGAUCACAUCAACAUCGCGCCCAACGGGAUAAUGUACGCCAAACCCCAUAUCCGUACGUCACUCCUGGCUAAAAUGUUGAGGGAAAUCCUGGAGACGCGGGUGAUGGUCAAGAGCGGCAUGAAGGUGGACAAAGAUGACAAGACGCUGCAGCGGCUGCUGAACAAUCGACAGCUUGCACUGAAGCUCAUUGCAAACGUUACAUACGGGUACACGUCGGCGUCUUUUUCGGGCCGCAUGCCCUGCUCCGAGAUCGCGGACAGCAUCGUGCAAACGGGCCGCGAGACGCUGGAAAAGACGAUUGCGUUUAUCCACUCGGUAGAGCGAUGGGGCGCCGAGGUUGUUUAUGGCGACACGGACAGUCUUUUUGUGUACCUGAAAGGACGAACGCGCGAUCAAGCGUUUGACAUUGGCGAGGAAAUCGCGCAAGCCGUGACCAACAUGAAUCCGCGGCCAGUCAAACUGAAGUUUGAAAAGGUGUACCAUCCGUGCGUGUUGCUGGCCAAGAAGCGAUAUGUCGGCUUCAAAUAUGAGAGUCGCAAGCAGACCGUGCCCGAGUUUGACGCUAAAGGUAUUGAGACGGUGCGGCGGGAUGGCACGCCGGCUGAGCAGAAGAUCGAGGAGACGGCUUUGAAACUGCUCUUUCGCACUGCAGACCUCAGCCAGGUGAAGCGGUUCUUCCAGGCGCAGUGUGCCAAGAUCAUGCGUGGCAGUGUGUCGAUCCAGGAUUUCUGUUUUGCCCGUGAAGUCAAGCUGGGGACGUACAGCGACAAAGGACCUCCGCCGCCUGGCGCACUGAUCAGCGCUCGCCGGAUGCUGCAAGAUGCACGCCUGGAACCGCAGUACGGCGAGCGGGUGCCGUACGUGGUGGUGACGGGCGGGCCUGGAGCACGGCUCAUCGACCGCUGCGUGGCGCCCGAAGUGCUGCUCAGCGAUCCGCAUGCGGAACUGGAUGCCGAGUACUACAUUUCCAAGAACAUCAUUCCGCCGCUCGAGCGGAUCUUCAAUCUGGUCGGUGCCAACGUGCGGCAGUGGUAUGACGAAAUGCCCAAGUACCAGCGUAUCCGCCGUGUGGAGGGAGCCGGCACGAAUCAAAGGAAGGCGACGCUCGAGUCGUACAUGAAGUCAUCGACGUGUGUGGUGUGCCGGAAACCACUGGACAUCGAGUCGCCGUCGUCACUGGGACUGUGCUCGACUUGCCUCAAGCGUUCUGCGCAGAGCAUGUUGACGCUGCGGACGCGAUUGACGACGACGGAACGGAAAGUCAGCCAGCUUUCCAAGGUUUGCCGGUCGUGUGCCGGGCUGGCCUGGGACGACCAGGUCUGCUGUGACAGCAAGGACUGUCCCGUCUUCUACUCCCGCACGCGGUCCAAGGUGGCGCUAGCGACCGAGCAGGCGCAGCUAGGCCCCAUCCUCGACAGUCUAGAGAGACGUGAAGAUGGGGGUGGAUGGGAUUGGUAG